UUAUUGAUGCCUGGUUAAAAAUUGCCAGGUUGAUGCCUUCCUCUUCUAAUUAUACAAAUUAAUUAUUUACUACUCAGAUCACUGCAUCCCAAAAUAGCACUUUGGAUUUUUGUAAGAAAUGUAGAAAACAACCCAUCCUCCACUCAGAAAAGGAGCAGUGAGAUUCACUGUUUCCCUGGGGGGGGGGGGUGAGAGAGGACCCAGACUGGGAUGCUGCUCCGUGGUUGCAGAGUAAACAUGUAAAUCCCAAGGGGAAGUAUUUUGCAUCUGAUAACAAUGGUGCUGGUGCACUUAUCUAUCUUCUGAACUCAGUUUAUUAUUGUUUGCUGUCUCUCAUAUUUACACUAGGACAUGGAGAAUUACUAAUGUUCAGCCUGAAAGGGAACCUUGGAGAUCAUUUAUUUAGUCUGUUCCUUCACCUCCACAUCAAACAGCUUGGCUUUAAAGAGGGGGCACACUGAGGCCCACAGAGUGCUCAACUUCGAGUCACACAGCCAAGCUUCGAUGAUAAAAGCCCAAACCUCCUACAGCUCAAGACUGUGGCAAGCAUAACCCAAGAUCAAUUUAUUUUCCACUGUGGGCCUCAGUUUCACUCUCUGCUACAAUGGCAGAGUUGGACUAGGCACCAGGUUCUCCCUCAUUCUGCUCUUGGGUACCACUCUAUAACUCCAUCUUCUGUGGGAUACUGCUUGGGUGUAAUUUCCUGUGUGUCUGGCAGUUCUGUGGAUAGCUGACUGUAGAAGUUACUGCAUGAUUUGUUUGCAAAAUUCAGAGUUUGUCUCAUCCUGUAACCCUGGGAAGUAAGUCCUCUGGGCUAUGUAUUUUUAAGGAAUCUUUGUCCUCAACCUGAAUGGAAGUCCAGGUCAAGAGCAAUGACAAUAGAGGUCUAGCUAGAUGGGGUGAGCUGGGAUUGGCACAGGGUUUAAGGGCCUUAACGUCCCCAAACAAGGCUCAUUUCCUGUUAAAUGCUAAGCCAGGACUGGAGUUGUCCAGAAUCCAGCAUCUGCGGUUCCUCUUACCUUAGUCCAAGACCUGGAUUGUGGGAUUACAGUUUAGAAUUUGUGAAAGCAGGUGUAGCUUUCCCACCUAUUCAGCCUUGACCCUGGAUGUUUAGACCUUCUUUAUCUGGGAGAGGGCAGGGAGAACAGAGUAUGCCUUGGCACCACACUGUCCGUCCUUCUAGGGUGACUAGAGCAGAGGUCUAGCAAAAUGGAAGGUCCCUACUGUGUUUCACUUUAUUUUCUUUUUCUUCUUCCAAUUAUAGAGACAUGAAACUUGAAAGAGUGGCUUCCCCGGAUGUACAGCUAUGUGAAGGGCAGUUUCUUUAGGGAUCAAGGAUAUAAGGAGGGUGAUGGGUUUCGAGGAGUUUUAAGGUGCCCAGGAAAAGUAUGGCUUGGGGAUUCUGAGGCAGGAAGUGGUGACAGCGAAGUAACUUCAUUUUUAGAAAUCCCAGGCUCUGGUCAGAUAGUCCAGUCCUCCAAACCUAUUUUGAGAGAGAAAGUUAAAAAAAAAAAAAAAAGACUGCCAGACCUGAUAGACUGAUAGAUUCUGGUCCUAUCCCGUUCUGACUUUGGAGUUUUAUAUUUGGAGGCCUUCCACUGAUUGGCCAUUAAUCCAGUGAGUUAUUGUCUGCUAAACAGAGGACAUUGGGAGAGAGACAUCCAAUCAGUCAGGAGAGACCCUGCCUGCAGGCCACUCAAAGGGAACUGCACCUUCAGCCAGCCAGUCUUCCCACUAUCUUCCUCUCUCACCCAGCAUCCUCUCCCAGCUGUCCAGGACUCACCGUCUCUCCCCCCUCUUCCCUCUGCCUCUCCAUCCUGACUACCUUUGUCUCCACACUGAUAGGGGUGUGGUGUUUCAGGGCUAAACUUCUAGAUGUCCCUGAUUCAGAAACAGAUCUUUCAUGACCAAAGAGCCUGCUGGCUGCUGAUUGUGGUACCAUUAGUGUUAGUUUCAGGGGUCUUCCACGGGCACCCAGGAGACUCUAUAGAUCCCUGUGAUGUUCUAUUUCUUCUUUCCUUACCCACUCCUAGUCUGAAGCGGGGUGGGAUACAGCCUGGAUUUUCUUUUCUUUUCUUUUCUCACUGGGGCAGGCUUUCUCCCGCCUCCUCCCUUCUGAGUUAUCAUCAGCUGCGUCUACACUCGCUUUGGGGAAAGCGCUCAGAGGAUCUCCUUCCCGAGUUUCUUUGUUUCUUCCCACUCAAGCAUUUUUAGAGAGCCAGGGACUAGAGAAACAAAUGUCUAGUCUACAAAGCCAUCUUCACUAACAACACCCUCCUCCAUUUACAAACCUAAAGCUUUAACAUCUCCAUUAAUAUUUAAGAGGAGAUGGAGAUGUGAACUUUAAAGUGUUCACUAAGUUGAACCGCCUCACUAGGAAGGAGCAUGGGACAGGGAAUCCGGACCAGGGCAAACAAGAAGCAAAUCGCUGACUUCUAGCCGCAGCUCCAGCAGGGCCAGAGGAGUUUUCUGCAGCUUAAGCUCAGAAUGGGAUCUUUGGUCACCAGAGGACUGAGAGCAGAAGUUGAUUUUAAAGGAGCUGGCCCUGUUUGCCCUUAUUGAGAUAUAUUUUUUUUUGUUUGUUCUUUGUUGGAUAUUUUUUGGGGGGUUGGAAUGAUCGCACUGAGGUUCACAAGGAUGGGCAGUCAGCGAUCAACCACUCAAAUGUUGCUUACAAAGCUCCUACUGGCUGGAUGCUGGGUACCUAGCAGAAGUUCUGGAAGCAAGUACAGAGCCAUCACCCGGUGUCUACAAAGACAGAAAGAGGACUCUCAGGAUGCUUGUGAUGGGGGAUGCUCUCUCCCAUUUUUAAAAAACACAUCAGUUUUGGCCUCUAUCGGUUCCCACUGGCUGGCUCAUCUUCGUGAGCUUCCUCUUCUUACUCUUGCUUUCCUCUUCCACCCCCCCCCCCGAAAGUUACCAAGUUCUCUGAAUCCAGGAGGAAAGUGCUCCCCAUUUUGCCCUUCUCUAACUACCCCUGAAUCGAGGUUGGUGUCUCAUCUAUCCUCCUGUCAUCUCUCAGUUCAUCUGUCACUCUGAGAGACUAUCCUCAGACCCUUCCGAAGUCCUCUGCCCCAAGUUGCUCACUCCAGCUCCCCAUCCAGCUUUUGUCUCUUUAAUUUGCAAAGGCUCUUAAGCCACCGCCACCAUUCUGAACAGAGCAAACUCUCUCUCAAAGCCAAUCUCCUCUGUUUCCUGUCAACUCCCAGCUUCAUGGCGGGCAGCUCCCUGUGGCCCGGGGAAAGAUAAGAAACCAUACAAGUAUCUAAAUGUCUCCCAAAUAUUGGUCAUGAGACCCGGGAUUCAACUUCUACCACAUUCGGAGGUGCAUAUCCUCUGAAAAAUUUUCCCCUGCUCCUUUCUGGCUCCUAGAUCCCCCCUUUUUGCUCCCAUCCCUGGAUGCCCCUCUGUCUCAGACCACCAGGGGUGAAGAAGGCUUAGAAAGAGAUGGUCUUUUGCUCACUCCAAGCUCGUUCCAUCUUCUCCCCACCUCCACCCCCAGUGCAAUCCCGGCCGGCAGCCUUGGCUAGGUGACAUGUAGGCUCUUUUGUUAUCCCUUUAGGCAAAGCUGUGUGGUCCCAAAGGUGACCAGGUUUCUUCUCAAUUUCACAACAGCCAUCUCUAGCCAGUGGUGGUAGCUUUCAGAAGAGCCGAAGAGUCCGAAGUACAUUAAAAACAAAACAAACUCUUUAUUUGGGGGAAGUAGAAGAGAUAGUCUGUGAUUCAAAUUUCCUGAAGCCUCUGGUAGUCUCCCUGGCCUGAGCCGCUGACCCGCCAGACCUAAAAUUCUUUGGCAUCUCACCCUGUAGAUCUCUCAUCAAAGUUGUUGGUUAGCAUAGCAGUUCCUCAGGAGGCUCUCUUGGCUUGAGCCCCGACACUUCAUUAAUUUUUUUUCUAAACACUACUAAUAAACACAGCACAUUGGCUCCCGCUUCCUCUACUUACCCUCUCCACUCCCACCUUCCUCUAGCCAUCAACUCUGGGGAGGCAGUAGGAUGCCAGGUGUCACAUCUAGGGCUCUGCAUGUGACUCUUGUUGCCGAAGGGUGGGAAGAGAGCACAGGUUCCUUCUGUACAGCAGGGCCCAAGAAAAACCAGUUGCUCCAGCCCGUUUGACCUGAUUUGAUGGGUUUAGAAAUAGUGGGACCCUAAGCCAAGGGCCAUCCCUUUACCACCCCUAAAGAAGAGCCUAGAGGGGAAGGUAAGAGAGCUAAGGCCGGUGGCGACCAUGCCAUCCUCUCUGGAGGGGAGACAAUAGCUGGAGAUCUCUCACCUUUGUUCCCUGUCUCGUCCCAGGCCUGUCCCGGUGUAUCCAGAUAGGAGAAGGCAAAAGAACAAGUGUCCUAGUCAGAAAAGCACAGGCUCCUGGCUGGAUCUGUCUUUAAGAAGCCAUCCGUGUAGAAAAGAGACACUGGCUGCCUUCUGUGUCAUCCCCCUAAGUCAGCAGUUAGACAGCCCAAAGGCACUACCGCCUGUAGGAAUGGCCUGGGCUCUUUUUUGUCUUCUUCCCUCUACUGCCAAUGGCUCUUUCCCCACCCCCUGCCCCAAAUUUGCAGACACCUACAUUCUUGGUUCCUGUCUUCCUCCUACAGGCCCCCCUACUUGCCUGCCCUGUUCAAACACACCCUAAGAAAACUUUUAGCUUUUGUAACCUCCUUCACUUGUGCCAAGAGUCCCAAGUCUUGCCGAACAGAACAUGGUGGUGGUGGUAGAGAAACAGAUUGCUUCUGAGUAGAGAUAACCAUCCUCCGUCCAGUCUGCCAGGACAUUCGAAGCGAAGCCUUUCUGGAGUUCUCAUCUUCUCUGGAGUACAAAUGUCCUUUUCACCCCCUAGCCCCUUCUGCCUGCCCGGAGGUGAGAAUCUUAACAGAAAUGACUCAUUGAAGUUCUCAGAGCCUUUCUCCCGACCGGCUGUCUGGAGCUCCAGUUAAACCACAGGAUUCUUCCUUCUGUCACCCUCCCGCCAACCCCACUCCCCCUGCAAGAUGUUCUGGGUUUUUAAUCAUCGCUCACCGCUAGUUGUCUGUUCUCAAAAGGGGUGUGUGUGUGUGUGUGUGUGUGUGUGUGUGUGUGUGUAAAGUCUGGCCUUGUCCCCCCUCCCCCAUUAGAAACUGGGGGAUGGGGGUGGGGAGGAGAGAGGAAUCAGGGACUCAGUCACCAUGAGUGUCUAAAAAAGUCUCAGUGGGUCUCCUAUGGGUGAGUGGGAGGGACACCCAGCACCCCUGGCCCAGCCAAACCAGCCUCUGGCUACCUCUCCAGAGGCCAUUUCUCGAAUUAGCAUAAUGGUCCAAUAGUGAGGCCUGAAUAAGGUGGGGGGGGGCACUGUGUGAACUCCAAUGGCUUUCUUUGCAUUUUGUCUUCUCUUCUUCCCCCCUCUCAAUGUAAAAAAAUUUCCUGUUUAAAAAACAAAACAAGACAAGAGCACCUUCUACUUUUCUUGCUUCAUUCACACUGUUAUUUGGGGGAGGCACCCCCCCCCAGCUCUCAUCAGAAUCACCUUCCCUCCUUAUCAGGCAUCUAUGCUUGCUAAAGGGGAGAGGUGGGGGGGGCGAGCUUGUGUGUGUGUGUGUGUGUGUGUGUGUGUGUGUGUGUGUGUGUGUGUGUGGUUUUUUUCCCUGUGCAAAAGCAGAGGCCAUUGUUACAGAGAGUAGGGCGUACCAGUCUUAUAGGGCAACCACACUGUGGCGGCUUGGCCGAGCUGGAGCCCGGAGCUGGAUUCUCGGCGAGCCGAGUCUCCCAGCACCUUUCGGAGGGGAGAUUUCUCGCCUGCCGCUCGCGCUGGGGCUCGAUGUGAAUAUAUAUUAUGUCUGCCUGUUCUCCCCUCGUCGGUGGCUAAGGUCAGCCGCUUGGAACAGACCCGGGAGGAGGGGGGCAGAAAGGGGAGGGGGGUCCGGCGUGUCACGUGACCCCCAGGGGUGCCAAUGUCCGGUCGUGAGGGUAUCAGGCCCUUGCAAGUUGCCACCCACUGCCCGGGCCUCGCCCAGCGAUGCAGAAAGCCACCUACUACGACAACACCGCAGCUGCGCUCUUCGGAGGCUACUCCUCGUACCCUGGCAGCAAUGGUUUCGGCUACGACGGGCCUCCCCAGCCCCCCUUUCAGGCCGCUACACACCUGGAGGGUGACUACCAGCGCUCAGCGUGUUCCCUGCAGUCCCUGGGCAAUGCCGCCCCACAUGCCAAGAGCAAGGAGCUCAACGGCAGCUGCAUGAGGCCAGGCCUGGCCCCAGAGCCCCUGCCCGCACCGCCGGGUUCACCCCCACCCAGCGCCGCACCUACCAGUACCACUAGCAACAGCAAUAACGGGGGUGGGCCCAGCAAAAGCGGCCCCCCCAAGUGCGGUGCCAGCUCCAACUCCACCCUCACCAAACAGAUAUUCCCCUGGAUGAAAGAGUCAAGGCAAACGUCCAAGCUGAAAAACAGCUCCCCGGGCACAGCAGAAGGUUGUGGUGGCGGCGGCGGCGGCGGUGGCGGCGGCGGUAGUAGCAGCGGCGGGGGCGGCAGCGGCGGCGGGGGAGGGGACAAGAGCCCCCCGGGGUCGGCGGCGUCCAAGCGGGCGCGGACGGCAUACACAAGCGCGCAGCUGGUUGAGCUGGAGAAGGAGUUCCACUUCAACCGUUAUUUGUGCCGGCCGCGCCGCGUCGAGAUGGCCAAUCUGCUGAACCUCAGCGAGCGGCAGAUCAAGAUCUGGUUCCAGAACCGCCGCAUGAAGUACAAGAAAGACCAGAAGGCCAAGGGGCUGGCCUCGUCCUCCGGGGGUCCCUCUCCGGCCGGAAGCCCCCCGCAGCCCAUGCAGUCCACGGCCGGCUUCAUGAACGCCUUACACUCCAUGACCCCCAGCUACGACAGCCCGUCCCCACCAGCCUUCAGCAAAGGCCACCAGAAUGCCUACGCGCUGCCUUCCAACUAUCAGCCCCCUCUCAAGGGUUGCGGCGCCCCACAGAAGUACCCCCCGACCCCGGCGCCGGAGUAUGAGUCCCACGUCCUCCAAGCCAACGGGGGAGCCUACGGGACGCCCACCAUGCAGGGCAGUCCUGUCUAUGUGGGCGGGGGUGGCUACGCGGAUCCGUUGCCGCCCCCUGCCGGCCCCUCCCUCUACGGCCUCAAUCACCUUUCCCACCACCCCUCGGGGAACCUGGACUACAACGGGGCGGCCCCUAUGGCCCCCGGCCAGCAUCACGGACCCUGUGACCCUCACCCCACGUACACAGACCUCUCCUCUCACCACGCACCGCCUCAGGGUAGAAUCCAAGAAGCGCCCAAACUGACACACCUGUGAUGGGAGGGGCGGGCUGGGGAGGGGGGGGUGAGGUUAAGGGACAGGGAGACCGUGGAACUGGGGGAUGGGCGCGGUUUGGAGUCCUGAAAAAGGUAUGUGUUGGGGUUGUCGCCAGGCUUCCAUUAACAGAAGAGGCCUUGGGGGUGCCUUCCCUGCUCUCAGGCCCCGAGGGGCUGUCUUUUAAGUCCUCCAGGCCUGGUUCCAUCUGCCUGCCAACACCCUUGGAAAGGAAUCCACAGCAGGUUGGAGACGGGACCACAUCAACCCCAGAGUUCCCAGGGUUCCAGCACUACCAAGUUGGAAUUCCAGAUUGGAGGGGUGAGGUGGAGUCGGGUAGAGAGGGAGCCAAGAUAGACAAGCAGGGCAGAGAAGCACAUUCAAAACUUAAUGGCUUGGCUAUCAUCAAACAAUCAACUUACCUUGCAUCUCUGUGGGUAAUUCCCCCAAAUCUUGAUUUUUUUUUUGAUUCUCCCUUUCAGUCUCCUUAUGAAAAAAAAAAAAUAAGAAAAACACUUUUAAAUCUAAGGGCACAAAGUAUGUUUCUCUCCUACUUCCCUGAAGCUUCAACUUGCCCCCCACCUGUGUUAGGCUUCUGGCUAUCAUUUCUAGCCCUAGGUUGGUUUUCUGCUCUAAGGACAUUCAUAUCUACACCCCACCCCUAUUGAUUACAGGUUUCAGAGGGCUCAGGGAUGGUAAGAUAUCCUGAAAGUUAGAGCUGCCUAUAAUAUAAAUAAAUAUAUAUUUUUUUCUUUUAAGGAAAGGUUAAGAGGCCAAGGCAGGCAAGUUGUCAGGACUGGAGGCUCACCAGCUCUACAACCUCUCAGCUCCCACCCCAUCCCACUCUCUCCACAGAGAGCUCUCCACUUUUCUUUUUCUUCUGUUCUUCUCUUGACUUAACGUGAAAACAGGGUAUAUUUGAACAAACUGACUGUCCUAGGCAGGUGCUGCAGCUGGGCCUGUGUACCUUGCUCCAGUUCCUGGGACAUUCUUCUUGCACUUGGAGUUUACAUUUUAAUGGAUAUUAAAAAAAAAAAAAACAACUGUGAGAGAUGCCUGGGCCUGCAGACGUCCAGCUUCGCUCAAAGAGUGUGUGUUCUAGUGAACAUUUUCAUAUAUAUUUAUUGGUUAUAGCCUGUUAAAAUAUUUUCUUUUUUUGUAUUAUUUAUCCCCCCCUGCAUUAUGUAUUUAUAUGAGGGACAGAAAAAGGAAAAAAUUGUACUUUUUUAGUAUUUACUUGUGUUUCCUGUCAUGUAAAACCAGCGAUUUUAGUUUUUAUUGUAUUUCUAGACGAGAGCUGUAGAUUUAUGUUAAACUCGUACUUAUGAGCAAUUGUAAUUAGUUCUAAAAGGCAUGAACUCGGCUCCUAAAUGUCACUGUAUAGUCCUGAAUUGGUAGAGAUAAGAAGUUAAUUCUCUCUUGGAACUUUCUUUGUUCUUCCGUAGUUAUUUUUUUCCCCUUAGUUAAAAGAGUUGUCUGUUAAAACAAUCCUUGAAUAAACUUUCUGUUAUCAAUUUUA